AUGGACGCCUCCGACAAUCCUCUCGGACACCGCACCAAUAUCCUCGCCGCCCAAAGGCUUCAGUUUUACCAGGGAUGUGUGAUUAUUGAACUCCACCGCUUGAAAUUUGAACUAAAUUCAGUCCUUGGAUCCCGGUCAUUGGAUGAACGGAACGUGGCGCGAAUUCACAAGAUUUUUGAAAUUGAGGGUUGCGGCAACCUUGAGCCGGAACACAGAGUUGCUGCGCUGAUAGACCAGGAAACUUUGUCAAGGGCGCUUUUGCUAUCAGAUCUCUCUCGGGAGUCCCUCUUAGACCCAACAAAUCAGCCACUGCUACUCCUUGAAGGCGAUGUACAAUUGAUAUGUGUCUAUGGGAAACACCGCUUAAAGGCUGCAGAGUUGUUUGGGGAGAGAAGAUGGCUAGUAGACCUCUAUCUUGAUGCGAUUCCUUCUGAGGCUCUUACUCAGCUUAGAGAGGAGUCGGCAAAAAGUCUUGACCUUACUGAUGGUGAGAUUUAUCGCACACUGAGGCUAUACCAGAUUUCCCAAAACAGUGCCCAGGAAAGGAAAUGGCGAGCAAAGCUGAAAUCUGACGGCCGGCGUCAAGACAUCCGGCGCUUACAGCGCGACACAGCUCUUCUCGAAAGUCUGGAUAGACUCCUGCCAUUUCUCUUACACCGUUACUUAAGCCAUAUACACGAAAGAUGGUCCCGAAUUUUCGAGGGAGAAGAUGCAUCAUUUGUGGACCCAACUUCUGUCCACCUAGUUGAAGGAUUGAUGCCUCAAAACUCUUUAGAGGAUCGCCGCCGCAUUUUGAAUCUUGUAGAGUCGCGACAGAUAUUUGCCCUUGUUACUGGAGUUAGCCAACGUCAGGCUAUGCGAGAACGUCUUCUCUCCACACCUGGGAGGAUCAUAUCCUUGAACACACUGACUCAAGAUACCCUCUUUCUUGAGGAACCAGCAAAAGCACUCCGUCACCUCUGUCCAAAGUUCACAGGAAGCUUCAGACAGGUUAUGCUUCGUCACUGGAGCAUAGAUGGAAGUACAUUUGAGAUUCAGAAAUCAGAGCACAAGUUUGGAACCAUGCAACAAUCGGCAAAUUCAUUUCCACUCUGCAUGAUGCAACUUUGGCUUUUUGCGUUCAGACAUUUCAUCCAUCAACAGCGUCGCGCGAAAAUUGAUCUACAUGAUUUUGGAUGGUCCACCGAGGAUCACAGCCUGAGAAAAUUAGCAAAAUUGGCUGAGCGUCUAGGAUUCAAAACGGAAGAGAUCACCGCCCUGGCAAAUGAAGACAUAUACAAAAGCAUUGCUAAAGGGUUUAUUGAGUCACUAUGUAGAGAGGAAUUCUACAUAAUCGAAGAGCGUCGAGUUCAAUAUCUGUCAGGCCAGCUGCACAAAAUUCUGCGCAAUCUUCCAAGAUACUCGGAAGAAGAUCUCGAUGCCGUGGAAUUUACGACGAUCAACCCCGAAGCAGCGGCUACAAACAGGUUUAACUGUCCAACGCGAGACCAACACGAUCAGCAACGAAAACAUCUUUUUCUAGAAAAGGUCUUUGGUCAAAGUCAACCAUCUGCACAAUAUCCAACUUCCCUUGGCGUGACAAGAGAAAUUUUGUACUGUUUCUUUGGCGACAUCCAGACAAUGAUUUCGAGUCAGACAGACACGGUCUCAGAAGGUUAUACAGAGCAAAUUAGUCUUCAGCCUAAUCAGGGAACAUUGAUAGAUGCUCCCACCGCGCUAAAUCCUAUCAUCAGCCGUCUCGAAGCCCUGGUGGAAGAAACCGAACCUAAUCUCGAUAUUAUUAUGACAGAGCAAAUAGAAACAAACGAGGUCCCGCCGGACCAGUCCUCCAGUCGGUAUUCUCGAAGUCCUGAUACGCGUCGAAGUCCUGAUGCGCGUCGAAGUCCUGAUUUGCGUAUCAUAACGAGGGACAGCCCCAGUGAGCCAGUCGAGAUGGAAACUUACCCAAGUGGAACACCUGAUCCCCCACCGCCUUUAGCCUCAGGCUUCGAAGAUCUCUCUUGUAUUGGCCCAAUGGAGAGUAAAAACUAUUUAUCUGUGCGCCACAGGAUCCCUGAGAUUCUUAGGAUAUGGUUCCAGUCGCAGCGAGAGGUGAUAGUUAUUUUUCUUUUUGAAUUUCGGACGUAUUAUAAGUUGAGCACGGAAGGUGGACUUAGCCUGCGAUUGCUGUUACAGGACCUUUCCAGAGAGCACAUUUUCAUACUAAUCAAUGAGUUCGGCAUUGGGACGCCGGAUAUAAACAAGACUUACGAAGCGGCGAUGAAAGAGCGCUUGUUGUUGGUCAGCAGAAGAGAGAACCCAGCUCAAGGGAAAAAUGAGGUCGGAUUGAUCUCACUGGACAGGCUGCAGGAAUAUGUUUCCAACUAUGAUAUUCAAACAGGAAAGAGAAAGCGAAACAUAGACGAGGGGUCUGGCAAGCGUCGUCCUGGGCUAAGCAGACAGUCUUCAGAGGACGACAUACGUUAA